AUGAUCGAGCCCGCCAACAUUCCACUUUUCUCGUUCGCCCCCUUUCUGCACGGAAAGCCGGAUACCCAGAAAGCUUUAGCCCAAGAUAUUUUCAAGGCUUUCUCUGAUGUCGGUUUCGUCUACCUUAAAGAUUAUGGUAUCCCUGCCGAGGAGGUUGAAGCUAUGUUUGACUUGACCAAGAGAUUCUUUCAGCUUCCGAUGGACUUGAAGAAGUCCUGGAAGAUCGAUAGCGCAAACGCGAAUCAAGGAUAUAGCCCCGAAGGUGCUGAGGCUGGCGAUGGUGUCGAUCAUAAGGAAAGCUACGAGCACCGCCGUAAGCAAAACGACAAGUGCCCCACCGAAGAACAAAUGCCUGGCUUCAAAAAGGCUAUGGACGAAUUCUACGGCAAAUGCCUAACACUAUGUGAGCAGAUCUUGUGCUGCCUAGCCAUGGCUAUCGGCCUGCCAGGGGAUUUCUUUCAGGCUAUGAGCGAGAAUGCAGACCCCCAGCUGCGCAUCUUGCACUACCCUUCCAUUCAGCGUUCCAUCAUCGAACAAGACAAGCAUGCGCGCAUCAUUCCUCACACCGAUUUCGGCUUCUGCACACUCUUGUUCCAGGACUCAAUCGGCGGGUUGGAAGUCGACUCACAGCAUGAUGGAGUGUUCCAUCCCGCCGCACCAAUCCCGGGUACCGUGCUGAUCAACAUCGCCGACCUACUCCAGAGAUUGAGCAACGACAGACUGAGGAGCACCAUCCACCGCGUCGUGGCGCCCCAAGCUAGUGGAGAUGUCCUGCCUGCAAGAUACUCGAUCCCCUUUUUCUAUCACCCGUCCCCUGAGGCGACCAUCGACCCCAUUGUCAUGGGCGAAGGAGAGGUCAAGAAGUACGAACCAGUAAAUGCCGGUCACUACCGCUAUCUCAGCAAAUUAUCAACCUACCCAGAGCUCAGGGUGUUUGCGGAGAAGGCGCCAGAGGUGGGAGUAUAG